GGAAACAGCGAUGCGGAAUCACUACCAGAUGACUCAACUGGUAACCGAUUGUGACUCGGUGGGAACGGGGCCGAAUUGUGCAUUAUAAAGUGACGAUAAUUGCCAGGCUCUCUCUCCUUCAGCAUCCCCCUUCGAGUUCAAGACUCGCGCAUCGCAACAAACACCGUCUGCCCUUCUAAUCAGUUCCACCGCACCGUUAUUGCAUUGAUCCCCUGGUCGUACACAAUCAUGCCUUCUAUUGCUGGAACCACCCUCAACAAUACUUCCCGUCUCGACGUCAAAGAUCAGCUGUCCUACGAACAUGCACGUUGGCGUGCGCUCAAACCUUCCGACCGUACCGAUAAGGGAGCUAAGCCAUAUAAGUCUAAGCGCGUCAGCGGUAAUGUGGGAAGGAGCGCCAAGUACCAUUUGAAUGGCCGUGUCAGGGGCCGCAUGGCUCCUAAUCCGGUUUGGAGUGGAUGGGUUGCAAAGAGCGAUUUAACUCUUGAUGAUGAUGACGAAUAUUUAUGUGACGGAGUUCAGGAACAAGAUCAGCACUUCAGGAGCAUUGAAGAGCCGGCUCGAGGUAACAUUCGUAUCAACCUUGAUGAGUUGAUCAAACCCCAGCGCAAGCCAACUGGUGUUGCGCGUGAAUACGAGUUUGUCUCUUGUUUGCGGCCUGUUCUUGUCAUGGAAGACAUUGACAUCCCAUGCGACGUCGCUUCACUUUGGUCGGACGAGGCUGGGUCCGAUUGGGAAGUCAUCCACCCUGACACUGCGUCUUCCCGGUCGAUGGAAUCAGCGCUUCCGGGUCGUUCUUACGCUUCCGUUCUCACUUCUCCUCGGGUUUCCAAGCUGUGAUCGCAGCGAUCAGCCUGCGGGUGGCGUGCAUCUAUAAGUCAUAGGAAAUUGCGCUGGCGUUACCCAGUACCAGUCGAUAGUUACAUACUGCUGUUGAGCGGCGAAGUUGGAUCUUGCGGACAGUAUGUAUUUGAGCAAACAUCGAAGGCGCUCUGGAACCAAGCGUACGUCUGGAAAUGGAUAGGAGUUAU